AUGUCUUUUUCAAUAGUAGUGGUGACAAAGAUUAUUGUUGAUGUUGACCCAGUUUUGGCUGGUGGAGAUUGUGAGAAAUGCAUCAAGUUACCAAGAGAAUACCAGCUGCUUCAGCGAAGUCUCACUCUCCAAAAUCCCAAUCAGAACAUUUCCUUUCAUCUUCUUGGAGGGAUGUUCAAGAAACUUACACAGGUCGUGUUGAUUGGAUUUCUAGCAUGGGCAUAUCAAACAACUCUCCCUCUACCUCCCAAAGUCUCUGGCUCCCCAUUUGGUCCAUCCAUAACUCCAACCAGCAUAAAGCUUAGAGAUGGAAGACACUUGGCCUAUAAGGAGCAUGGUGUCCCCAAAUCAAUGGCCAAAUAUGAGAUUGUCUAUAUUGAUGACAUUGGCCACUCCAGCCAUGAUUUGCCAAUUGCAAUACCAGAAUUGGCUGAAGAAUUUGUAUCUUUUGAUAGACCAGGCUAUGGAAAAAGUGACCCAGAUCCGACAGGAGCCAUAGAAAGUAUAGUUCUGGAUAUAGAAGAGCUUGCUGAUCAGUUGGAACUAGUACCCAAAUUUUAUGUAAUUGGUUUUUCCAUGGGAGGCAACAUGGCCUGGGGCUGCCUCAAGUACGUUCCACACCGGUUGGCAGGAGCAGCAUUACUUGCUCCAGCUAUCAACUAUUGGUUGCCUGGGUUUCCUGCAAAUUUAUCUGCUUUAGUCAAUCGACAAUUUCCAUGA